AUGUAUGACCUUAAUGAUAUGAACAAGCCAGUUGCAUGUGUAUUACGAGAGUGGACCAAGACUUAUGGCAGUGUCUACGGCAUCCAAGAGGGUCUCAGAAGAACGUUAGUUGUGAGCGAUGUUGGGAUGAUUCGCGACUUGUUCAUCAAGCAGUAUGACUACUUUUACGGUCGGAAGAGCCAUAUGAUUGGCGGUGAUGUGGAGAACGAUCCUCGAGUUCACGUUUUCGAAGCGCAAGGUGUGCGAUGGAAGCGCCUGAGAACCAUUUCUACUCCAGCCUUUUCGUCGUCUUCUCUGAAAAAGAUUCGACCAACAAUCGAAAGCUCCGUUCUGGCUCUCAUGGACUUUUUCGAGAAGGAAGCAAAUAUGAAGGCCUUUGACGUCGUUCCCUUCUACAAAGAGUUCACCUUGGAUGUGAUCUACCGUAUUGCUAUGGGACAACGCGAAUCGGAGAUGUUCACUGAUAAGGAAAAAGUCGCUGCGGUGGACUCCAUAUUUCGAACUAAUCUCCGUCGACCGGUAUUCUACCUAGCUGCCCUAGUUCCCUGCCUUCGGAUUCCGUUAAGAAAGCUCUUACAUUGCUGCGGCUCCUCUAAGGGAAAGCAAAGUUCCUGCUCUCUUCCAAAAGAUCUACAAGACUAUCGACGAGAGGAUUGA